AGGAAAUGACGCGUUUGUUGACGCAGCAGGUAACGUAGCAGGUGGUAGCGGCGGGGCUGCAGUGGCAGUCUGAGGCGGUGGCUGGGCGCUCCCGAUCUCCAGAAUACCAAUUUCUGUGAAGAGCACCAAACGGAUCAAAUGAACAGAAACACAUGGACCACUAAGUCUUUCAAAAAUGAGCAAAUUCAUACUUUUCUACUGGAACCCACAGUGUCUUGAAAAAGAGAGAAGAAUCCAAUAUUGGACCGUCUUAGACACGCUCAGUGCAGCUUCAGAGAGCAGUUUGGUUUAUCUAACCUGAAGAGGAAGCAUAUGGACAACAAGCCAAGAGGACAUGGGCUUGCAGUGCACUUGGAAAAAUGAUCAGGCAUCAGAACUGGUGCUGGGGCCAUUUGUUGCAUCUGAAUUGUGUAUCAUUAGUUCUCUAAGCACCGUAUCGGAUUACCUGCUUCAUGCACAUGCACGGCACCAUGGCCAGUCCUCAGGAGCACCUGAGCUGGCCUUCCUCUACAAACUUGAUCACCAAGACUUUCAAUGAAGACAAAGACUUCAGUGGGAUACAUGGUGAUCAUGCACCCACUGGAAACCAUCCUUCACCUGAGAUCAUAGAGGAUGUGCGAGAGAAGGGCUUACUUCAGGCAGAUCUAAUAGAAAAUGUGGGCAGUCCAGUCACCACAGCAGUGUUGACCAGCAUCAGCGAGGACUCUAGGGACCAAUUUGAGAACAGUGUGCUGCAGUUGAGAGAACAGGAUGAAGCAGAAACAGCUGUGCCUCAGGGCAACAGUAACACGAUGGAUGGAGAGAACAGUGGGACAGAUGACAUUAAAAUUCAGUUCAGCAGAUCCGGGAGUGGGAGCAGUGGGUUUCUUGAGGGACUUUUUGGCUGUUUGAGGCCUGUAUGGAACAUCAUAGGGAAAGCAUACUCCACUGACUACAAACUGCAGCAACAAGAUACAUGGGAAGUUCCUUUUGAGGAGAUCUCAGAGCUGCAGUGGUUGGGCAGUGGAGCGCAAGGCGCUGUCUUCUUAGGCAAAUUCCGAGCGGAGGAGGUGGCAAUCAAGAAAGUGAGAGAACAGAAUGAAACCGACAUCAAGCACUUGCGGAAGCUGAAGCAUCCUAACAUCAUCGCCUUCAAGGGAGUUUGCACUCAAGCUCCAUGUUACUGUAUUAUCAUGGAGUACUGCGCACAUGGACAGCUCUAUGAAGUGCUACGAGCGGGUCGGAAAGUCACGCCUCGGCUGCUUGUGGACUGGUCCACAGGGAUUGCAAGUGGAAUGAAUUACUUACACCUUCAUAAAAUCAUCCACCGAGACCUCAAGUCACCAAAUGUAUUAGUCACUCAUACAGAUGCAGUAAAAAUUUCAGAUUUUGGUACUUCUAAAGAACUCAGUGAUAAAAGUACAAAAAUGUCCUUUGCGGGCACUGUGGCUUGGAUGGCCCCAGAGGUGAUACGGAAUGAGCCCGUCUCUGAAAAAGUGGAUAUCUGGUCAUUUGGGGUAGUUUUGUGGGAGCUGCUUACAGGAGAGAUUCCAUACAAGGAUGUAGACUCCUCAGCUAUCAUCUGGGGAGUGGGCAGUAACAGCCUGCACCUUCCUGUCCCUUCCACCUGUCCAGAUGGGUUCAAAAUCCUCAUGAAGCAAACAUGGCAGAGCAAGCCCCGGAACCGUCCCUCUUUCCGACAGACGCUGAUGCACCUAGACAUUGCAUCUGCUGACGUUCUUGCCACCCCUCAGGAGACUUAUUUCAAAUCCCAGGCUGAAUGGAGAGAAGAAGUAAAGAAGCACUUUGAGAAAAUUAAGAGUGAAGGAACUUGCAUACACCGGCUAGAUGAAGAGCUGAUUCGUCGCCGAAGAGAAGAGCUCAGGCAUGCAUUAGACAUCCGUGAACAUUAUGAGAGGAAGCUAGAGCGAGCCAAUAACUUGUACAUGGAGCUUAGCGCCAUCAUGCUGCAGCUGGAGGUCCGCGAGAAGGAGCUCAUUAAACGGGAACAAGCGGUGGAAAAGAAAUAUCCUGGGACUUACAAGCGUCAUCCAGUCAGACCGAUAAUCCACCCCAUUGCGGUAGAGAAGCUGAUGAAAAGGAAAGGGGUCACUCAUAAGCCAGGGAGCCAGACCAAACGGCCAGACCUGCUGAAGUCAGAGGGCAUAUCCAGUACAGAGGUGGCACCCAAUGGCUCACCAGUCUCAGGAAGUCCCAAAAUGUCAACACUCAGUAACAAAGGCCGAUACCGCUGCAAACCACGUCACCGACGAGGGAACAGCAAAGGCAGCUAUAAUGAAUUUGCAGGGAUCUUGAAAAACCAACCAGCACAGGACAACUCACCCCAACCACCUCAUCAUCAUCCUCAUUCUCAUCAUUCCAGCCUACAGCAGCACCAGCAGCAUAGCCACCCCCAUUACCAUGGCCAUCACCCCAGGCUAAACAUCAUGGGGCAAGACAUCGCGAACUGUGCGAACAACCUGAGGUACUUUGGCCCUGCAGCAGCCCUGCGGAGCCCCCUCAGUAACCAUGCCCAAAGGCGCGUGUCCGGCUCCAGCCCCGAUCUCAUCUCUACUGCUAUGGAAGCAGAUUGUCGGAGGAAUUUGGAGAAUGAGGAACAUAAGGUUGAUCAUUGGCAGUGUUGUAAAGCAGACCCACACAACCCCUGCUCUCAGUGCAGGCAGGCAAACAGUGGUCAGAAACAGAUGCCAUCCAUUGAACCAGGGAUGAACCACCCUGAAUCGACAACGUGUGGUCCCUUGUCUGAAAAGGCCCAGCUUCCUGAAAAGAUGGAGGAGGAAGACUUCAACAGCUGCAAGUCAGUGUCAUUGCUAGGCACCCCUCAACACCAGGCUACCCCAGUGCUACCUUGCAAACCCAGACCUAUUCAAAAGAGUGGUGAUGACUCUUCAGAACAGGAAGAAGGAGAAGUGGACAGUGAAGUGGAGUUCCCACGGAGACAGAGAAGGAUGGGAACAGAGCUGGUUUCAGGGGCUGUCAGGAUUUGCUCCCCUGCUGGUGUCGUGCAGAGUACAGUCAUUCUGGAGGCUGUGUCAGUCCGGGCUGGCCUGCAAGGCGAAGGAGGAGGUACUCAGUUUCAUGGGCUUUAGAGAUCUUCCACACGGGUGAAACUGUACAGUUUGGGUUUGCUCCUGAUUAACGAAGGGGCAACAGGGUGUGAGUGUUGGGGGGAGGGGGAGGGCAGAUGGAGUGAGGGGAAAGGGUUGGACAGGAGGGAGUACUUUAUAGUGAGAAAUAAGCAGAAAGUUUUGACCGAGCCUCUCCAGAGAGGCUUUCUCGGCUGCUAGUACAGAGCAGGGCCUCAAUUCUAGUGGUGGUGCUACUCAGGAGGUCACAAAUGCUCGCAUAAAACAGCUAGGUAAAGGAGGAGAGAGGACCAGGACCCUAGAAAUUGAAGGCAGGGGCCAGAUUGACCACCACAAAUGCAAGGGGGACCAAAUUCAGUGUGCCAGUGAUGGGGAGGUUCACCCCAGAAUGGAGUGCCGAUGCCUGGCCCUGCCGAGAGCUUUAAGCUCCAGCAGAAGCUGUGCUGCUAAGGGUGAUCUGGUUACUGGACUGUGAUGUGCAGAGAGGGCACCCAUGUGCCAAGCCAGCCCUGCUCACCUGAGAUGUCAAGUGUUUUCUUAAGAGCGCGCUCAUUUCCCAAGGCAGCCGUAGAGCAUAGGCAAGAGGGGACCAUCCGACCUCAUGCUGUAGACUGCCAGAGCCCUGAGUCAGGUAUUUGGACUCCAUAUCAAUCAGACCCUGCUUGAGAAGGCAUAAAGGAUUCCCUGGUGCCCACAGGAGUUGUUUUGCCAGCAUGCAGAGAUAGUGGUAGCCCCUGGUGAGUUACAUGAGGGAGUUCUCUGAAAGUUCUUAGACUUUUAUAGUAGCACCUGCUAACAUAUACUGAGAAGCAUGUGGGUUUGUGGCCCUACCUGCUUUCUGUACUGUACACCUCUUUAGGCUUCUUCAUGGCCUUGCCUUCAACCACAUUGCUCAUCUCCACUGUCUGUCACAAUCAUGCCUCACUCUCAUGGAGAGGCAGUACAAAAUCAUCCCCUUUGGUGUGGGCACUUUCCACCCUAGCAUUGCUGCCCCUCUUCAUCCUGAGAGGCACUUCCCCCAUUACCUGCUGGCAGGUAUCCGAAAUCCUGCCAACAGCUAGUGCCUCCCUCAGGAGUCCUGCUAGCGUUAUUGCUCCUUAUGCACUGGUAGCAUGUGGACAGCAGCUAUGCUGUAUGAGGUGCCGGGCUCUCUUGGGUCAUGAAUGGACCUUGGUGUGCACUGUGCAAUAGCUCAGGCAGCCUGAGUGCACCUGUGCUUAACUCCAUCCCAGAAGGUUCAACAUGGUCUAGUUUUGCAUGUGCACUUUUCCUAGCAUAGAGUAUGCCAUGCAUGUGAGGAUGUCCUGGCACUGAAGCCCCUGGCCUACGUUCCACACACACUCCUGGCAGCUUCCUUCUAACAUUCUAAACCUCUACACACCCUGAAACAACAGGUAGUUAAAAAGGAAAAACCUACCAGAGCCCAUCACCCCCAAUUUUACUGGGCCAAGGAUCAAAGCAGGCAGCGGUCAGGUGUAGUCAGAAGCAAUUUUAAGGUUCAAGAUCUUGUCAUCAGGGCUAAAAGCAGAAGCCAUGAAGCCCUGGGAUCUGGAUAUUUCAGUUCUCGCUUCUAUCCCGAGAUAUCCAGUCUCAAACAUGCCACAUUAUAGCACAUAGAACAACUAUUACUUGUGGAAGUUUCCAACCUAUUAUUUAGUCCCCAUCAGACUAGAUGACCUUAUGGCCCUCUCCAGCCUUGAACUAUGAUCGUUUCUGGGUUCCCCUUGCUCAGGGUGCUACACACUCGGAUUUACAUCACUCAGGCAGGCUGCCUUUCCAGGCCAAGGGAUGGAGCAACAGCCUGAGCUGUUUUUAAAAAGUCCUUGAAACAUCAGUGAAAUAGUUUGCUCCGUAAACCAUGUCUCAUCCAGCAUAGGAUGCUGCAGGGCAUUCAGGGGUUUGUUUUGGGGUCCUGGCUUUGCCACUCACAAAAAGUACCGCUAUAACUGGUAGUACAUGCCAUCGCCACUCUCCCUCCACAGGGGCAGAGCCUCACCCAUCGCUGUAUGUCUGAUUCCGCAGCACCAGGAGCUUUUGUAAAUAGCAUGCAGAGGGUGAAAACCAAACCAAGGUAAAAGUCCUAGGGCUGCAGGUGCUGGCGCUCCUGAGGGGUGCUAGGUACCAUAUUUCUGAACAAGGGGGUUGAGUUUAUGAAGGUACUUGAACAGUGGAGUAAGGAUCAUAACCUGACCCAUGACAUGAAUAAAAUCCAGACUGCACCAACACUGGCUCAGCUGCAUGAUGUGCCAAGGUGGGAAGGAGCAGGCCAAGUUUUGUAUUUCCGGGCAAUUGCUCUGUAACGUCUGCAAAGGAAUGUGUCCAUUUGUACUGCAAAGUCUAGACUUCAUUCGCUGCUUAGGCUGUAGCUCUUAGGAAGGUGAGAACUAGAGGCCAAGGUCUGCUCUCAGCUACAUUCCUGUAAGCCCAAUGUAACCUCACCAAAGCAUGUUGACGUACUGUGGAUUUAUAUGCGUGGAGCUGAGUGCAGAAGGUGCAGAGUUUGCACUAGGGCAUUACAAAGGGUGAGCUGCAGGCAGAAGUGCCAGUAACAAUGCCGUUCAGCCUGGGCAAGGGCAGGCUUGAAAUGCCCAGAGAAAGCCCCAGGGGUAGACAGGCUACUUUCUUUUCUUUUCUUCCCUAUAAACUCGCCUUCCCAGGAGAAGGGUGAAUUGUGGGCUCCCUGCCCACUCCCCACCCAGCCUGGCUUCUGACAGCUCCUCAACACCAGCCUGGCUUCUGGCGUUUAUGUUUAAUGUUGUUUUUCCCACUGUGUGUUAAAAGUGACCAUUUCAUCUCAGCCCUUCCCAGUUUCUCUCAUCUCCCUUUCUCUCCUCCCUGCGCUGUGGCUUCCUGAUACAAACUUGAUUUCUGUACUGAACUGUGUACAGUGAUGGGAACAAGAAUGAGUGUCAAAGCAAACAAAUGCAUGGAAUAAAAAGCCAGUGUACUUCA